CAAUGGUACUUCUCCUCCUCCUCCUCCUCCUCAGUUCUUGGCCGGCUUUCAGCUCCCUGCCGCCGGCAAGCGCCAAAUUUGCCGCGGUAAUCAAGGACGGCGAGACUUUGCCGACCGCGCCUCCUUCCGUCGGCUGCUCAAUGUGCUAUUCCUGCGAUAACCCCUGUCUUCCACUUCCCUCUCCGCCGCCGCCGGAGAUCGACUGCUCCCCUCCGCCUCCUCCACCGUCUCCGCCACCGCCGGAGUCAUCCUCACUUGAUUGUCCGCCGCCGCCAACGCCUGACAUACCGAUCUAUUACUACUCUCCUCCGCCGCCAACACCGUCACGACCGUCAGGUGGUUCGGUAUACGCAUCCCCGCCCCCACCGGAUGCUGGCGGCGGAGGCAUUUGCGGGAGUUGUAGCGGCGGCGGCGGCGGAAGCGGUUACCAAACUCCCCCGCCGCCAAAUCCGAUUAUUCCGUAUUAUCCGUUCUAUUUCUACAGCCCGCCUUCGGCGUCGGAUUCCGCCGGACACCGCCCAUGGGUGCCCAUGAGUUUUUGGUCCUAUUUUUCGCUUCUCUUUUUGUUGAUCUUCUUCCUGUAAUUAGCAAUUUCUUCUUUAUUUCUUGUGGGGUUAAGGAUCUGGAUCAGAAUAACAGAUUGAGGUGGAGAGCAGCAAGAGAAGAAAAAGGAAAGAUUUUGAU